CUGGACGUUUGUCAGUUGUGAUUUAACAACCAUCAUGUUGAAUACAUUCGAACGGAAAUCGUCUUUAAUUAAUCGAAAUUUAAAAAAAUUUUUGUGAAAAUCCACUGAAAAAAGGAUAUGGAUAUUAAAAGUUGAAGAACUAAAAAAAAAAAAAAAUAAAAAUUAGUUAAAAUUGUGUUUGGUUUAAAAAAAAUAUUUGACAAAAUGUCACAUGGUGAACGUAAAGGACGCAUAAAUUUGGUGAAAUUUUUAGAAUUGGGCUUUUCAGUAGCAUGUCUGGUCUUGCAUUAUUACAGUUUCGAUGAUCGUGAUAUAUUGGCGUCUUUAUUGGCUACCGGUACAUUUGCUGGCUAUAUUAUAGUGCUCUUUGGAGUAUUUGUGGGGGCUUUAAUGCGUGCCUCAGUUCAUCGAAGAAUUGAUAUAUUUUUCAGUAUUAUGGGCUGUGCUCUAUUUAUAGCCUCUGGUGUAUUUAUCAUAGAAGCCUGGGAACAUUCAUUUCGUACCCGCACUCGAGAUAUGGCUCUAAUAAAAGCUUCACUUUCCAUUGUUAAUGGUGUACUGUUCGGAUUCGAUGCCAUCUUUACAUUUCGCGAUAAAUGAGGAAGCUGCCCUAUCAUUAUAUUUUUAUAUAAAAAACUAUUUAAACUUUAAGAUGAUUUUUUUGUAUUAUUCUAACUUUUAAAAAGUAAGUUUAUAAGAAAAAGUUUUUGUUCGUUUCUUUUGUA